AUUGCAUUCAAUAUAUUGAAUGAUAUUUUUAUUUUAAUUAUUUUUUUUAUUGAAUUUUAAAGACAACAACAAAAAACACAUGUAUUUUCAGACAUCACUGUUGUAUCGCUGACCGCCAACCGAUCGAUCGAUCGAUGACAUCGACACCCGUAAUGGCCAACAAUAAUAACCCGCCGACGGCGGCGCCGACCAUUAACGCCGAAGUCGAAGAACUGGCCUAUUAUAGGAAAUACGUGGACCUAUUGGAGACAUAUAGGAAAUGGUUGAUCAUAUUUACCGAUAAUGCCGGCGGCGGUGGUGGUCAUCACCAUCAUCUGAUCCAAUUGAAUGUUGUAAUGGAUUUGGAAAAACAGUACACAAAGAUUGUCAGACCCGAUCAUCAAUUGGUCCAUAAGAUGAUGAACACCAUCGGUUGCGGCAGCGGUGACGGUGGCGGCGCCGCCACCACCACUACUGUUGCUUCCGCUACAGAAACCAAUCGAUUUCGGCCAUCAAAUGGUCACCAGAUGAUGAUUGACGACACGCUUACCGAUGUGGCCAACACAGUCGUCACCACAAAUAGUCCUACAAAAACCAUUGAUCAGUUGUCGCCGACAAUUGAUAUCGUCGACAGUAUCGGUGUUGAUGAUAGUGGUGGUCAACAAAAGACUGGAUCCGCUGUUACUAUUAGUAAUGAUGUGGUGAUGGAUGAUGAAGACAAUACUGUAAUUGUUGUACCAAUCAUGCAAACAGUCGAUGAAGUGGUCACUACUACUAUUACUACCAGUCCUAUCACUACUACAACGGCUAUCACAGCAGCCGCGGCGUCCACUACUGUCGCCACCAUUAGUAAAGCAGCUCAACAACAAUCUUCGUCAUUAUCAUCGCCAACGAUGAUGUGGCCGAUAACGACUAGCCAUUUGUCGUCGCCGUUGUCCUCAUUUCAAUCGAUUAGCAAAAGUUUUAAUAAAACAACCGAUAAUUUUACGACAACCACAACAACAACAUCAAUGGCUAAAACAAAGACAACUGCAACGACUAAAACCGUCGAUAGUAGUAGUGGUGGUUAUCGGCAGUCUUUGUCGACUAAAAGUAGUGGUUCGACUGCGACGGUAUCGGUAGACAACAAAACAGAUGACCAUCGACGGUACCAAUCGUACAACAAUAACAACAAACGGUUGACUACAACAUCUACUACUACUACUAGUAGUAGUAGUAAUAGUCGAAAGUCUGCAACAGUUAGACCAUUGGUGUUAAACAAUUUUGUAACCAAUAAUAAUAAUGAUAAUAGGAUUAAUACCACUACUCAUGAGUCAUCGUCACUGUUGUCGCCGUUGUCGGACAAUCGCAGUACUGGCGAAAGUACCGACAGUCUGGACGAUAUCGACUGGAAUAACGAACCGUUUGGCUCUGAUAUUGCCGCCGCCGCUGCCAAACGUAUUGAAACACCUGUUGCCGAUACAGUGUUGUCGAUGAAAAAGUCACCGCCGAUGACAACGGUAACGAAAAAAGUUUUCAACAAAAAUGAUGGUACUGUUAGAGUAGUAUCGUCAUCAACAUCAUCACCGCUGGCCAUCAGUAGUGCUACUACUGCUAAUAGGUCUACUGUGACGACCACUACCGCCAACAAAUCAUCAGCAACAUCACCACCGGUGGUGGUCAGCAGCACUAGUAGACCGCCAGUGGCCAACAUUUCAGCCAACACUAACAACAAAACGCGGACGAAGCCGGUGCCACCAGUUAUCACUUCAUCAUCAGCUUUGGUCAGCAGCACAAUCACCACUACUACUGGUGGUAGUAGUAGUAGUAGUAAUACAGUCAAUCUUACCAUUACUACCAAUACCAACACCACCACUGGUGGAUCUGCAAACAAAUUGUCGGCAAAAAUCGCUAGCACUGCCAUAAAAACAAUAACUACUACUACCGGUAAUACUGGUAGUAGUAAUACAGUCAAUCGUACCAAUACUAACACCAUCAAUGUACGAUCGGCAAACAAAUUGUCGACAAAAACAACCGUCACCCGUAGUAUUCCUAGCACUGCCCUAUCAACUACUACUGUUCCUACUACCGGUACUACAACUGGUCCGCUGCUAAACGUUAACAAAAGUGCUAUUACCUAUAGUCGACUUAGUAGUAGUAGUAGUAGUACUACAAAGUGCAAUGAAUUGCCACCGAUGACGACGGCACCGCAACCAUCACCACCAGUACCUCCAAUUGGUCACAACAUUACUAGUAUUAAUAGUGGUUUAAAGCCAUUAGUGUCCAGUGGUCAGUACGUAUCUAUGGUCGAUACCGACGAUCCAUUGAUUUGUGCGAUUCACCAAAAUAUCGGUUUACAGACAGCCGGCACAACGGCUGUCGGCUAUAAAUGCAAUUACAAUGACUGUACGUUUAUGUCGCCGUCGAUGGACACCACCCGACAGCACACUCAUCGUCAUCUCGCAGACAAUCCGUUUAUAUGCGAUCUGUGCGACAAAGCCUAUCCGUUUGCCGACUAUGAACGCCAUCAGCUAUUGAUUCAUCCGCAAUGCGGCAACAAAUUGUUAGUCCGAUGUCGUUACCGUGGUUGUCACUACUGGACCGGCAGCAAAGAUCGGCUGGUUAUGCACUGUAAUGCUCAGCACAGCAGCGGCAAAGAUGAUGAAACUGUUGGCGACUGUCGACGCGAAUCGUUAAAAACUUGUUUGAAACCAGUCAUCACUGCACAGUCCGAUAGGACAACAACAACAACACCAACACCUGUUGUUAGCCGAGAAUCAGUUGUCGACGGGUUAGUCAAUCAUAAAAAGUUUAGACCGAAUUCGGCUGUAAAAUCGCCACCAAAACCAAGCAUUACUAAACCACCGAAGAUGACAUAUUCACGUAAUAAGUCGUCGAUGUCGUCGUCAUUGUCAUCACCGAUGAUGAGGAUGAUGCAUCUGCAGCACCACUAAAACAGUAUCGAACUAUAUUACCAUUAAAUACUACCUCAACAAC